AUGAUGCUAGAGGUUCCUGAAGUGACCAAUGACAACAUAUCCGAAGCGAGCUUCAUCACUACCAUCGAAGAAGCGGCACGGAUAGACCAAUGCACACAGACGCCACCUAGCGGGAAAGUAAAGGCGAAACUACAACGAUUUCAUACCAGUGACCACUUAUAUGAUCGACAUAAGCCGUAUCGAACGAAACAGGAACUUAGGCCGAAGAGUUUGGGCCUAUGCGACUCGUAUCCUUGUUUUGGGAAACCUCCGAGCUAUGAGAGUGGAAGUCAGUUUAACAGGUUAAAGUCUACAGCAGCAGAAAGCCCCACAAUAUCGAUAACAGCACCUGUAAGUCUGGACUACGACACUAAAGGCAGCAUAACGCCGAACGGGAGUAUAACACCAAAUAUGGUUUCGAAUAAGUCAGGGACAACCGUCUUGUUGAGUCCUGGCUACAUGCAGCCAUGCCAGUGCAGUCAGUCAAUAAGAAGCGUAAGUGAAGUGGCUCUAGCAAUGCCAGUGCAUAACUGGAACGAAGAACCACCAGCGCCAGGAUCUCCAGAUGGCUUGUCGUGGCGAAGACUGCACAUGUCCAGGGCGAAACUGAAAGCCACAGCCACCACUUCUGAGUUAUUGUCAGGCUUCGCUAUGGUAGCCAUGGUAGAACUACAAAUCAACGAACCAACGAACGUCCCCGAAUGGCUGUUCGUUAUGUUCGCUGUAUGCACCACUGUGCUGGUUGCUGUUCACAUAUUCGCCCUGAUGAUAUCCACGUACUUACUUCCAAAUAUUGACGCGGUCAGCAAGAUGGAGCCAGGGUACCCUUCUAGAGCUCUCCGGGAUUCCCCGCACGAAAGGAUGAGGGGUUUCAUUGAGUUGGCCUGGGCGUUCAGUACAGUAUUAGGUCUUUUCCUCUUUCUCGUGGAGAUAGCAAUACUAUGUUGGGUGAAAUUCUGGGACUAUUCGUUCGCCGCCGCAACAGCAGCUACUGUUAUUGUUAUUCCAGUCCUUAUAGUAUUUGUGGCGUUCGCACUGCAUUUCUACCAUUCCCUAGUUGUUCAGAAGUGCGAAACCUCGGUCCAGGACAUCAAGAAACUCGAGAGCAUGAAGAGGGACCUGGAUAGUGCUACCGUCAAAGUUAAUAUGUACCCAUAA